AUGGAGGAAGAUUGCGUGAAAUAUGCCGCCAUUGAUAGCAAUAAGAUCAUACCCAAAACGUCGGAUCUUUCGUAUCGCAUAACGAGCUCGAUCGCUUUCGUGUAUUUGGUAGCAGCGACGACAUAUGCAGCCGGUACCCUCUCAGUUCCACGAUACAACGAUUCAUUGGAUCGACAGCUUAUCUUGAAUAUGGAUUUACCGUUCGACACCAAUGUAUCGCCUACUUACGAGCUUAUUGUGGCUGCACAAGUUAUUCAUCAAGUUGCAGCAGCCUACACGUUUGGCAUCUUUGGUGCUCUGCUCUUGAUGAUGAUACUUCACAUAGGAUGUCUCGUUGAUAUAUUAUGCCAUAUACUAACGAAUAUAUCUUCUAAAGACGAAGGACAAGUACGAUUCGUUGCAAUGCGGCAUCAAGAAAUCAUCAUGUUUACAGAAAGAAUUGAGAAAUUCUUUACCUACAUAUCUCUUCUUCAACUUUUGGCGAACACUUUAACGUCAUGCUGUUUAGGAUUUCUUAUUAUAGUGGUAAGUAAUUCAUUAAAGGCUAGUAGUGGCAAUCUCGUAAUCAUCAAGUGUUGUUGGUUCUACAUGGUACUUUGUUUAGAGAUAUUCAUAUAUUGCUUCGCUGGAGAAUACCUCAAUGUUAAGGUUAUUAUGCUUCUUGAAUUACAACAAAGCGAUAUGAUUAUUGAUGCAGCAUACCAAGUUACGUGGUACGAUUUGCAGCCUACAAUCAGUCGACAAUUGGUGCUUCUAAUUUUAAGAUCCCAGAAAGGAAUGCCGCUAACUUUCGGAAAGUUUUCAACAUUGAGUUUGGAAAGCUUUUCCCGUAUUAUGAAGGCGUCAGCAUCUUACAUGUCAGUACUCCUUGCAAUGUAUUAA